UCCUGGAGCGCCGCGCACCCCUGGGACCCUUGCGCGCCCCGGGCGCCCAGCAUAACCCAGGGACCCCCGCGCACCCCGGGUUCUCGGUUCUGCCCCAGGAGCCCCGCGCGCCCCUGAACCCCGACGCAGCUCCGGGACCCCGCGCGCCCCCGGACCCCAACACGCCCUCAGCACCUGGGGGCUCGGCCAGCGAGGUUGAGCGCCCGGGGGCGGGGCCCAGCCCUAGAGGGUCCCUGUCUUCCAACAGACGGAGCCCCGCCCCAGAGAAACCCCCAGGUUCGACAGGGACAGUCAGCCACGCCCCAGAGGGCGACCAGCAUCCUGUGGCUGGAGCCCAGUGCUCCAGAGGAAACUCCGUGCCCAACUGGGGGCUCCCCGCCCCGCUGAGGGGCGCCGUCCGGGAGGGUCCCCCGCGCCCCGCGGGCCGCGGCAGGAUGCACGCCGCCCUGGCGGGGCCGCUGCUCGCAGCCCUCCUCGCCACCGCUCGCGCCCGCCCGCAGCCCCCGGACGGAGGACAGUGCCGGCCGCCCGGAUCGCAGAGGGACUUGAACUCCUUCCUGUGGACGAUUCGUCGUGAUCCGCCGGCCUACCUGUUUGGCACCAUCCACGUCCCCUACACCCGUGUCUGGGACUUCAUCCCGGACAACUCCAAGGCAGCCUUCCAGGCUAGCGCCCAUGUCUACUUUGAGCUGGACCUGACAGACCCCUACACCAUCUCGGCCCUGGCCAGCUGCCAGCUGCUGCCGCACGGGGAAAACCUGCAGGAUGUGCUGCCUCGCGAGCUUUACUGGCGCUUGAAGCGCCACCUGGACUACGUCAAGCUGAUGAUGCCCUCCUGGAUGACGCCCGCUCAACGGGGCAGGGGGCUCUAUGCUGACUACCUAUUCAAUGCCAUCGCGGGCAACUGGGAGCGCAAGAGGCCCGUCUGGGUGAUGCUCAUGGUGAACUCGCUCACCGAGAGGGACGUGCGCUUCCGUGGGGUGCCCGUGCUCGACCUCUACCUGGCCCAGCAGGCUGAGAAGAUGAAGAAGACCACAGGGGCUGUGGAGCAGGUGGAGGAGCAGUGCCAUCCCCUCAACAACGGGCUCAACUUCUCCCAGGUGCUGUUUGCCCUGAACCAAACCCUGCUGCAGCAGGAGAGUGUGCGGGCCGGGAGCCUGCAGGCCUCCUACACCACGGAGGACCUCAUCAAGCACUACAACUGCGGAGACCUCAGCGCAGUCAUCUUCAACCACGACACAUCCCAGCUGCCCAACUUUAUCAACACCACCCUCCCGCCACACGAGCAGGUGACGGCCCAGGAGAUUGACAGCUACUUCCGCCAGGAGCUCAUCUACAAGAGGAAUGAGCGCAUGGGGAAGAGGGUCAUGGCGCUUCUACGGGAGAACGAGGACAAGAUCUGCUUCUUUGCCUUCGGAGCAGGUUUGGGCCAGUGUGGGGAAGGGAUUGUUUGCAGAAUCCUAGGAGAUUUGCUUGGCUCUCCCCUAACCUUUACUUCAUUGAGGGAGAAGUCGAGGCCCAGGAUGGGGCAGGAAAAGCCACACAGUGGCUUCCCUGCUGCUCCAUCAGUGAAGUACGAAUCUGGCAAGGAGCUCAACACUCUUCCUGGACAGUGUGGGAAAGUCUGGGUCCCCUCCUUCCACUUCAAUCCCGUGGCCCCUGGCACUGCAUGGCUCAUGCUGUCCUAUGCAAGGACCACUGUUGGGCCGGGAGGCCUUGUCUUCGAACAGGUCUCCCUGGAGGCAGAAAAGGAAUUGCCUUUGCUGCCAGGAGUAGAGUCCAAGAGCUGCUGGCAGAGUUCCUCCAUCCUGUGUGCCGGAGGCUGCCUCUCCCCGUCCCUCUCCAGCCUUGUGGUUCUCCCUGCCCCCCAGAGCCCAGCGCCCUCUCCUGAGGGGACCUCGACGAGCCCGGCCCCAGUGACCCCAGCUGCUGCUGUCCCCGAAGCACCCUCCGUGACCCCCACCGCCCCACCGGAGGAUGAGGAUCCAGCCCUGUCCCCACACCUCCUGCUCCCCGACAGCCUCAGCCAGCUGGAAGAGUUUGGCCGGCAGAGGAAAUGGCACAAGAGGCAGAGCACACACCAGCGGCCACGGCAGUUCAAUGACCUCUGGGUCCGCAUCGAGGACAGCACCACCGCCUCGCCGCCCCCGCUGCCCCUGCAGCCCACCCACAGUUCCGGGACGGCCAAGCCCCUCUUCCAGCCCUCAGACCAGCUACAACAGCAGGACCUGCCAGGGCCCGCCAGCAGCUCGGCACCCACCCUGGGCCUCCUCCCCGCCGUUGCCACCACCAUCGCUGCCCGCUUCCUGCUGCACAGCCUUGGGCCCUCUUGACCUCGGCCACCCCAAGUGGAGAAGCCAGAGAAAUGACACAGGGGUCUUCGGCCACACCCCACUGCUCCUGCCACCACCUGCAGGGGUGCCCAACACCUCGAGGGCAGUCCAGACGGGAUCGGCUAGACACUAGAGCUUUACUGUACCCAAGUUACAUCUUCUUUUUUGUAGAAGGAUCUUAAUUUCCCAUAGUGCUAUGGGGCUCUUUUGUAAAAUACGUGUCCAUAUUAAAAAGGAGAAAUGUA